AUGCAGAACAGGACUGAUAAGUUUGGAGCUCAGCUGCCUCUCUUUGCUCCAGCCAGCAACGCUCAGCGUGGCCCGUACAGGAAGAGCACCACCUACCUGGCUAUGAUUGCUGUUGUCCUUCGUGAUGCUCCAGACAAAAUGCUCACCUUUGCUCAGUUGAUGGAUAAGCUGGGGCCAUUUAUUAUUGAAGACAGAAAAUCUGCUGAGAACAGCAUAAGAGUCUGUUUAUCAACCAACAAAUGUUUUGAUAAGGUUCCAGUGACUCCUGACUCAGUAUACAGCAAGAGAAACUAUUGGAAACUGGACCUCAGUCAGAUCACAGCAAAGAUGGUGCAUCGUCAUUUCAAAGGAAUCCUGGAGCUCUUCCCCGAGUUGUCCUCCAAACUGAAAACAGAGAACAUGAGCAGACCAUCAGAGUCCUGCUCAGCUCUCCACUCUCCUGAACCUGCAGCCUGUGGAACUGUUCAGAUCAAAUGUGAAGUGAAGUUCAGCAGCCCGUUCUCCAUCGAAUCCCUCCUGAAGAGAGAAAGUCCCUCUGCUCAAGCCUCUAAAUCUUCUCCUCUGUCCAGUGUGCCAGUCAGAAUGCAGCAGCAGCCUCGACCCACACACACACGAGUCGGGACAAAGAGGAGCUUCAGCUGGGACUGUGAGGAGCCUCUCCUGCUUCAGGCUUCAGCUGGAAGUUCCCCCAUCUGCUCAGCAGGGGGAAGCACACACCAUGGACUCAAUGCUAACAGAGCUGCCAAGACCAUCAAGAGGAUGCAUAUGUGCACUGAGCCCUCAUCCCCCGUCUACAGAAGAGUCAGUGCUGCUCCAUAUUUCACCAGCCCACACAGCAGUUACAUCACUUAUUCUGUACCCACAUUUGCUCAUGAUGCUCACUGUUUUCGUUUGUAA